CCUGUAUACACUUUGUUUAUAAUCAUCUUCUAAAAUGCAUGCAUAAGAGUUGAUGAAAAUUCAUCAUUCAUACCGGCGCACGGACCGUGUCCAGGUUUUUAGGGGGAACAAAUAUUUUAUUACGGCCGUGCAUUCUCAUUACAUGCGGUCAAUUCCUGAGGAUAUUCAUGGGUUCUUCAAAUCAUGAUGUACCAGCUUGGACUUAGCCUAGACCCGAGCAGCACUGCAAGUUGGAAAUAUUCCGGAAAGUACAAACAGAGACAGCGCUGGAGAGUUAGUCAAUUACUGGUUUUACCCGCGAUUGCAUCCAAUUGGUAUCGUAUCUGUUUGUUCUGGUGAAGAGAAUCGACGUGUUAUCAUGAAGUGGCCAGCGAUUACUUGUUUGUUGGUCAUCAGUGUCACCGUGGCAAAUGGCUACUGGGGUAGUCACUCCAGCGACGACCCCACCUAUUCUCACUUGGGUUUUUACAUCUAUGAUUUGAAGUGCAAUGAUGCCGGAACGUACUGCCAGAAGUGCUACAUAGCGCAUUCCGAAUGGAACGUCGCACACAUGCACGUGCAUGAGGUCACAGAAGACCCGGCUCAGUACAAAUUCCGGGUGAUCGAAGGCAACCAGGAUUGGGAGAUAUCUAUCAUCCAAGCGGACCUAGCUGAACCUCAUCGUAUCUGCGCUGCUUGGAGUAACUACACGAUGGACGCACAGCUUGCUAGGAUCAACGUGUGCGUGGACAACACCUUCGAGGGGGUGGAAGUGCCGCCUGAAUGCCCUAGACCCGUCAUCGUGCUCAGCUUGGAUUACCACGUGGCCGAUAAGACGAUCCGUGGCCAACAGAGUCUGCUCUGUGCGACUGCGUAGAAUUGCGUUCAGUCCAGAAAUUGAAGUUGGGCCAAUUCCAUGGACCUUUUCAGUCCUGGAAUUUGCUAAGCAGAGAAAAUAAUUGCUCAGCCAAAACAGGUUACCGGGCAAAAUGUCAUGUACUGUCUAUUGCGUUGGACUGGUACUCUGCUGGUCCUUGCUUAGCAUCUAAAUUUGCUUAACAAUAUUUCCUGGUAAUUAUAAGCACUGCUGUGUGAUUGAGCCCUGCUAAAAUAGAGGAAUCAUAUUUGCAUAGAAAAAAAUUAAACACGUGCCCUUAAUGCGUGUUCAAUGAAACUAAAAGCCCAUUUCUCAACCCAGACUCUUGGGGGCGGCAGACUUUUUUCAAGAAUGGCUGAAUGCUGCCUCCAAGAGUCGGAAACGCCACGAGUGCAACGCACUUUCCUUUUAUGAGAAUUAUCCGUUUUCUAAUCCCAUUUAGAAAUCAAUCACACGGUUCAUUUUACUAUUAGAGAAAUGAGAAAUUAUUAAAGGUAUGAUUCAUAUUUCAUAAGGAGUAAAACAAUAUUGGAAUGCCAAACCGUUUUAUUCAAAUUUA